UGGGGUCUAUGUUUAUGUCUGUUUGGGUUCCGAUUGGGCGAAGGGUAGAAAUGUGCCUGGCAUCUGCGCGCCGUGGGCGGGAAUAGGCAUGUUUAUAAACCCCAGUGUGCGCGCCGUGGGCGGGAAUACUAGAUUGAGAAACUGAAGACAGAAACGGAGAAGAGGAGAGAGAGGACGCGCAGCGGCGGCGGCAGUGGCGGCGGCUGUGGCUGACUGGAGCUAGUUGGAGGAGGCGCGGCUCCCCCUGCCCCUCCAUCCCAGCACCUGCAUGGACGACCACCUCAGCCUCCUUCACUCGCCUCCGACUUCCUCAGCCAAGCACCGGGGCAACAACAUCGUGAACCACGGCUACACCGAGACCGAGCAGGACAUCAUGACAGUUGUUGCUUGCGAUAACAUGUUGGAGGAGACGGCAGCGCUCCCAGGGCACCAGUCUUUAGACCGCUAUGAGCCCGACCACGAGUGCUGCGAGAGGGUGGUCAUUAAUAUUUCCGGCUUGCGCUUCGAGACGCAACUCAAAACUCUCUCUCAGUUCCCCGAGACUUUGCUCGGGGACCCCAAGAAGAGAAUGCGCUACUUUGACCCGCUGAGAAACGAGUACUUCUUUGAUAGAAACCGUCCCAGCUUCGAUGCAAUCCUAUACUACUACCAAUCGGGGGGGCGUAUCCGGAGACCUGUUAACGUCCCAAUUGACAUUUUCUCUGAGGAGAUACGGUUUUAUGAACUCGGGGAAGAGGCAAUGGAAAAAUUCCGGGAGGACGAAGGUUUCAUCAAAGAAGAAGAACGUCCUUUACCCAGCAACGAAUUCCAGAGGCAAGUGUGGUUGUUGUUUGAGUACCCCGAGAGUUCGGGUCCAGCCAGGGGCAUCGCCAUUGUCUCGGUGCUGGUCAUUUUAAUCUCCAUCGUAAUAUUUUGUCUGGAAACUUUACCCGAAUUCCGGGAUGACAAAGAACCCACUACCGUAGCGCCCAGUAUAAAUGGAACGACACCUUACUUCACUAGUCCUUUUUCAGACCCUUUCUUUGUGGUAGAGACACUCUGUAUAAUAUGGUUCUCUUUCGAACUGCUGGUUAGAUUUUUUGCCUGCCCCAGCAAAGCCACGUUUUCGAAAAACAUCAUGAACAUUAUCGACAUUGUGGCGAUCAUCCCUUAUUUUAUCACGCUAGGGACUGAGCUCGCGGAGCGGCAGGGGAACGGGCAACAGGCGAUGUCCUUGGCCAUUCUCCGCGUGAUCAGGCUCGUGAGGGUUUUUCGUAUUUUCAAGCUCUCUCGGCACUCAAAGGGGCUUCAGAUUUUAGGACAGACACUAAAAGCCAGCAUGCGGGAGUUGGGACUUUUGAUAUUUUUCCUUUUCAUCGGGGUUAUUCUCUUCUCCAGUGCCGUCUACUUCGCCGAAGCAGACGACCCCGAAUCUAGCUUCAGCAGCAUCCCCGAUGCAUUCUGGUGGGCUGUGGUCACCAUGACGACAGUCGGCUAUGGAGACAUGCACCCUGUAACCAUAGGGGGUAAAAUCGUCGGGUCCCUGUGUGCAAUCGCAGGCGUGUUAACCAUUGCCCUCCCGGUCCCAGUAAUUGUUUCUAAUUUUAACUACUUCUACCACAGAGAGACUGAAGGGGAAGAGCAGGCUCAGUACAUGCACGUUGGCAGCUGUCAGCCUUUGUCCUCAACGGAGGAACUGAAAAAGACACGUAGCACGUCCUCCCUCAGCAAAUCGGAAUACAUGGUGAUAGAGGAAGGAAUCAACAGUGCUUUCAAACAGCCCAACUUUACUGCACAGAACAAUCAGAACUGCGUGAACAUCAAAAAGAUUUUUACAGAUGUGUAACCGUUAGAAAAGCGAGAAAUUAUAUAAAUAUAACGACUAUUACUCUACCAAUAAUAAUCGUGACGUGUCAGUGCAAGUCUUGUGUGGAGGCAACGCAAUAGGUAUAUAAAUGUGUCCUUUCAGUCCGUGAGCUUCUGAGUACAUUCCAUUCGCUCUUGAGGAGUAGCUCAAGGAUUUUUUCUAGUGUUAAUGGAGCUUCGUGUCCUGCGUUUGAUUCGGUUUAAUUAAGUGGGAUAGAAUUCAGACGCUGCUGUAUUGGACAUCUUUCCGUUUAUUUUCCUUAAAGACAACGGCGAUGUUUGCUUCCAAUGUUCAUUAAUUCUGCUGGUUACGUGAUAUUUCAUUUACUAAGUGAAGUGUCUUCAUUAAACAAUUAUGUCAGUAAUAUUCUAGCUAUAACAAGCAACGAAAUAUGGAGUGAGAAACUUGAAGAAAUGCUUUAUUAUGAUUACAGCCAAAUAUUGCUCAUAGGUAGACAUAUAUAAUAUAUUUUACAAACGUGUUACCAUGUCAAACGACAACUAAGGUGUAAUGUAGGCUAUUAAAUCUAUUUCGGCUGUUGAAUUACGUUUAAGCGGCCGUAGGUAAGCGCCUGUAACCAUCAAAGGGCACAAUAGAAAAGAGCAGCUUUUUCAUGUAAUGUGGAGAAAAACAUCCCAUUCAUCAAGGCAAUGUUUCGCGUGUACGCAUUGUGCGAUUCAGUCAAUUUAAUCUGAUCAUAUUUAUUGGGAGGAGUCGCGGCAACAAUAUCAUCGAAUCACUUCUGAUUGUUUACGUGAAAGAAGUGCCCGUGUUUUCCAAAUCAGUUUGGCCUUCUGAAGACUCCAAGUUUAAAAAUCAAUGCCAGCACAAGCACGAGGACGAAUACACGGUGUUUGCGCGUCUCUCGUGGAGGUGCCGGACAACAAAAAAAGGAGAUCAGAGCCAGCACACGCUUUCCAGUGGAUGCUGCUAAUCCCGCCUAGAGUGAUGCAGUCUCCAUGGCGACCACCGUUUCCUGGAUCUCCCGGAUGCACGCACGCCCGGGCAGCGCCCCGGCGAUGGAGGAGGGAAGAUGCUGGAAAUUGUGAAUGGAGCUGGAGCAGGCCGUGCUUUACAUCCCGCGUUCACAAGGGGCUGCUCUACACCGUCGAAUGCGCGAGAGAGAUGAUGUCAUUGGGCCCUGGUGGGUUGGGCUGAGCCUUCGAUAUCUGGACUGCCCUGGGCCUCUCACCACAAGGAUAUACAGCCAGUGCGGACCAAGGACAGAAGAUCCUGGAGUCUUAAUUCAGCUCCGCCUCACCUGAGCCCCGCCCCUCGAUGACACGCCCUAAUUGCCUCGCGACGCCCGUGGAGCAGGCAGGAUGCCGGAAGCUUCCUUCUCCAGCUCAGCCCGCCCAGCUGCGGACCAAUCGACAGCCUGUCACUCCCUCUGCCUCGCUGUACAUGGCCUGGGCCAUGCCCUGCCACGCCCAACCACUCCUCGCCCCGCCCUGCCCUGGCUGAACGGCCCAAUUCACACGCCACCUCUCGUCCUUCAGAAGGACCUCUGUGUGCCCCCCCCCCCCCCCCUCCCCCCUCUGAGACUGGAGAGGUGCCACAGCCUCCUCCCUCCCCUCCAUCCCCCCAGGACUGUGUGUAGCAAACAGCGAUGUGAUGUCUUUAAUGUCAAUGCAUAAAUGGAUCAACAUGCAACA